CAGGGAGAAAUAAAAAUGUAUAGCCGCCCAUCUGAAAAACAAAAAAUCCACAAUAAAAUGGCGAGUUCUACUGAUCUGAACAUAGCAAGGAAACAUUUAGCUGAUGUAUUGGGCGAUUCAAUGAAACUGUAUCUUCAAAAUUUAAAUGCAUGGUUCAAAAAAAAGGUUAAUAAGGAGGAGUUUGAUUUUGAGGCUCGAAAACUAAUGAGAAAUGAUACAGUACAUUUACACAAUGAGUUUUUACUUGCUUUAAUGGCCAAAUGUCAAAUACUAUCAUCAUCCUCUGUCACCUCCAAGGAGCAAGUAGGUUGUGGGAAAGUUCAAAAGACUGGGAAAGUAAAGAAGAAACCUCCAGGUGGAAGAGCUAAUUUACAACAAAGAUUUAUUCAGGCACAAACUAUAGAUUAUGUUCCACAAAUCACUAGCAAGGCUCUUGAAGAAGGAGCAAGUCCCACUCCUUUAGGUUUUGUGUCCAGAGAAGGUCUAAUGCCUGAUGCAGCCAUGGUUCAUGGUCGAAUGCUGGUCUGUGCAUGGGAAACAGGUCUUGCUGAUGUUCAGGACAGUGCUGUCAAAUUACUCAUGCUUUCUCUUGAAACUCAGCUGAAAUAUAUCCUGUCUUUGGUAAUACAACAACGAAAGGGCUAUAAGUUAAGAGAAAACAGAUUUGUGUAUGCAACUGGUAUUGGAGUAAAAAAUCCUUAUGCAAGGAACAUUCAUUGUACCAUGGAUUUAACAACAGAAAGCAAUGCCACCACCAUCACAGGCAAUUUCCAGCAUGCUCCUAGUCUUAGACCAUCAAUUGAGAUUGGUGAAGAUAUUGCAGCUGAACAAAAUGCCCUGGGAUCUGAAGCUGCUACUGAUGAUCUUGAACCUAUUUCUAUGUAUGACUUGUGUGAUACUUUAAUGCUUUACAGGAAUGCUAUAGUUUCACACUCUGUAUAUGCUCCUACUAUAGAGAGGGUAAUUCAUAUGAAGUGGCAUCCAAGUCAUGAAGAAUUGGAUCAAGAGAGCAUUCAUGAACAAGAGCUAUUUUUGAAACACAAGCUGGCUAAAAGGAAAGAUUUUGAUGAAUGAUAGGAGUGAGACACAUUAUUUUGUAUUACUUUUUCUCACAUUAAAAUAAAUUUUUCAAUUUUUGA